UUUCCCUUGCGGUGGAACAAAAUAACUUUCUCGGCUCUUUUCCACCCAACAUCUUCCACACCCUCCCCAAUCUUAAAAUAUUUGAUUUUGCAGGAAAUCAAUUCUCAGGUCCAAUCCCUUUUUCGAUUGCAAACGCUUCUGCCCUACAAAUAUUAGACUUAUCAGAAAACAUGAAUUUGGUUGGACAAGUUCCAAGUCUAGGGAAUUUACAAGACCUUUCCAUUCUAAAUUUGGAAGAAAACAAUUUAGGUGAUAAUUCAACUAUGGAUUUAGAGUUUUUAAAAUAUUUGACAAAUUGCAGUAAACUACACAAGUUUUCGAUAUCUUAUAAUAAUUUUGGAGGUCAUUUGCCAAAUUCCAUAGGGAAUUUAUCCACUGAACUUAAACAACUAUAUAUGGGGGGUAAUCAGAUAUCAGGAAAAAUUCCUGCAGAAUUAGGAAGUGUAGUUGGCUUAAUUCUCUUGACCAUGGAGUCUAACUGCUUUGAAGGAACUAUUCCAACUACAUUUGGGAAGUUAAAAAAUAUGCAGAGAUUACAUUUGGAGGAAAACAAGUUGUCAGGAGAUAUUCCACCCUUCAUAGGCAAUCUCAGUCAAUUGUAUGAUUUAGAAUUAGAUCAUAAUAUGUUUCAAGGAAUUAUUCCUCCAAGCUUAGGAAACUGUCAAAAUUUACAAUAUCUAGAUCUGUCUCAUAAUAAGCUUAGAGGAACCAUACCUGUAGAGGUUUUAAAUCUUUUUUCUUUAUCAAUCUUAUUGAACUUGUCACAUAACUCUUUGAGUGGUACCUUACCAAGAGAAGUGAGUAUGUUAAAAAAUAUUGAAGAAUUAGAUGUCUCUGAGAAUCAUCUAUCUGGUGAUAUUCCGAGAGAAAUUGGUGAAUGUAUAAGCUUAGAAUAUAUUCAUUUGCAAAGGAACUCCUUCAACGGAACAAUACCGUCCUCUUUGGCUUCUCUCAAAGGUCUUCGAUAUUUAGACCUUUCAAGAAAUCAAUUGUCUGGAUCAAUUCCUGAUGGUAUGCAAAAUAUCUCAUUUUUGGAAUAUUUGAAUGUUUCUUUUAACAUGUUGGAAGGAGAGGUACCGACAAAUGGUGUAUUUGGAAAUGCAACCCAAAUAGAAGUGAUUGGAAACAAAAAGCUUUGUGGAGGUAUUUCCCACCUGCAUCUACCACCAUGCCCUAUCAAGGGUAGGAAACAUGCAAAACAACACAAGUUCAGGUUGAUAGCAGUGAUAGUUAGUGUGGUUUCUUUUAUUCUCAUACUUUCAUUUAUCAUCACUAUCUACAUGAUGAGGAAGAGAAAUCAAAAGAGAUCUUUUGAUUCACCAACAAUUGAUCAACUAGCUAAGGUUUCAUACCAAGAAUUACACGUAGGAACCGAUGGAUUCUCAGAUAGAAACAUGAUCGGAUCAGGAAGUUUUGGUUCCGUAUACAGAGGAAAUAUUGUUUCAGAAGAUAAUGUUGUUGCAGUUAAAGUCUUGAACCUCCAUAAAAAGGGAGCUCACAAGAGUUUCGUUGUUGAAUGUAACGCACUCAAAAAUAUUAGACACCGAAAUUUGGUUAGGGUUUUAACAUGUUGUUCUAGCACAAAUUACAAAGGUCAAGAAUUUAAAGCUCUAGUUUUUGAAUACAUGAAAAAUGGAAGCUUAGAACAGUGGUUACAUCCUGAGACUUUGAAUGCAAAUCCUCCAACAACAUUGAACCUUGGUCAUAGAUUAAACAUCAUCAUCGAUGUUGCUUCUGCAUUGCAUUACCUUCAUCGAGAAUGUGAGCAGUUAAUCCUUCAUUGUGAUCUAAAGCCAAGCAAUGUCCUUCUUGAUGAUGACAUGGUUGCUCAUGUGAGUGAUUUUGGCAUAGCAAGACUUGUCUCAACCAUUUCCGGUACCUCUAAUAAGAAUACUAGUACGAUCGGAAUAAAAGGAACAGUUGGUUAUGCUCCAUCGGAGUAUGGGAUGGGUUCAGAAGUAUCCACUUAUGGUGACAUGUAUAGCUUUGGAAUCCUUAUGCUGGAAAUGCUUACCGGAAGAAGACCCACCGAUGAACUUUUUAAAGACGGUCAAAAUCUACAUAACUUUGUUACAAUUUCAUUUCCUUGCAAUCUUAUAAAGAUUUUGGAUCCACAUCUUUUACCAAGAGCUGAAGAUGGAGCACGAGAAGAUGGAAAUCAUGAGAUUCUUCUUCCAACUGUAGAGGAGUGCUUAGUUUCCCUUUUUAGGAUUGGACUUUUUUGUUCAUUGGAAUCACCAAAAGAAAGAAUGAAUAUUGUGGAUGUCACUAGAGAGCUUACCACAAUCCAGAAGGUCUUUCUAGAUGGUCUUGAACAAAAUUUCUAAGUCAUUUGUGGAAAGAGAAGUUAUGCAGCAUAAUGUACUUUGCUAAGAAAAUGAAUGGUCAGCUGGAAUCACAUGUGGCAAUGCUUAGUAUACUAGUUGCUAUAAAUAAACAAUGUUUUCUGUAUUGCUUUCUAAUUAAAUGAUGUGAGAAUUGAUAAUUCUCCCAUAUUUAUCGUUAUUCUCAUCUGAAUUGUCAUUAUAGUUAAUUCAAUGGGUGUCGAUUUAAUCAAAUCUUUAUUAAAAUGUGUUUAAUUCAUAAGUAUAUUAAACUUUGUUUGCCCAAAUAAAACAACAAUCAAUUCAUGUGAAAUGAUUUUACUUCUUAGUAUAUUACCAGAUAUGAAUGAGUUACUUCCUUGACUGUUAGAAUCAAACUCAAUUUUAAUCCCUAGAGUCAAUCUUGUUAAUCAUAAAAAAUAGUAGAUU